UGAAUCUCCAACGUACUAUUCUGCACCACCGAUCACCAAAAAUAUGACCCGUCCAUGUUCUCUCGAAAGCCCUCCAACUCAAAAAGACACGCAAAGCUCAGGUUCACUCCCGAGUGAAAAGUUGAUAAGGACAGGACCAGCAUUGAAAUGUUGCAAUAAAAUUGAUAUUAGCCAGAGAGACACGUUGACCUCAACAUCUGACGUGUUCAGUCAGGGCUGAGAGUAAGAGAGGUAGGAGGGUGAGGUGGGAGGUGGAGAUAUCGGUCGCAUGUUUAGCCGGCAACUAAGGAAGGAAAGGAAAGGACAGCGGGCUAUGACUGUCGUGUCACCCCAAGGACGACGAAAAGUAAGCCAGCAAAAUGUUACUUGUUGGCGGGGAUCUGUCUGAUGAGUUCUGGCUGGCGAGAGUGACGAGUUGUCUCCCUGAUGGGUGAGUCUCCAUAUUUAAUUGAUGCCCAUCGCCCGUUUGACGAUAAUCUCCACGUCGACUACGGCUAUGCUUUCAGCGAUGAGGAAAUUCGUGAAGUGUUCCAGAUCAUUUCACACUCUGCUGAAGGUCGGAUUUCUUUUGACCAUGGGAUCAAUCAUAAGAUGUUUUUUUCAGAUGUCGUCCCUGUUUAAAAACUUCAGGAGGGUGGAAACGUCCACAUUAGUUGUCACCUUUCCUUUCGAAGCUGCCUGUUUCGGGCUGAGAAACUCGCAAUACGGAUCAAACCGGCUGGACGAGACCUACUGGCUGCUGACAAGUCUUUACGAGAAGGACAAACUGGACUUCCAGGAGCUAGAGGCCUACCCUCUAUCCGACGACGUUGACCUGUCUGACAUCAGCAAGGAAAUCCUUCGCGACGAACCGCUGCAGGAUCUUAACGGCGUCGCCGUUCACCUGACGUCAACAAUAGGUAUCGUGGAACCUCAGGACAGGGAACUGCGUCAGGGAGACACACUGAAGGUACGCGUGGACCUGAGAGACUCCCAGGGAAGUCCCGUGCACAAGGGAGGUCACGAGGUCAGAGUAUGGAUGGCUGAUACGUCGCAAGAGUUCUCUGCCGCUGCUGAGAUCUACGACUUCCGAAACGGAAGCUACCUCGCCGCCAUUCCACUCCUCUGGACCGGAAAUUCUACUGUAUUUGCUGCUUUGAUGCGACCACGUGAGUACGAACACAUCGUCUUGGAGCAGCUCCGAAAGCGGAAAACCUCCAGACCCAUUCUCGCAGGUUUUAUUAAUGGUAACUUCAGCGAGACGACGGUGUGCAUGCCGUACCCCGUCAUCCCUUGUUAUCACGACGUCUGCAAUUUCACCUCAGAGAACGGUGGCCUCCCAUGGUACUGCGGUAAACCAGUCAACCAGGAGCUGUCCUGCGACGAUUGGACUGUCGCGCGGCUUCCGAAGAUAGAUGUACAACUUCGAGCUGGAAGUACGCAAGAGGUCCUGCUCCAGAAAAAGAUAAGACAAUACUCUGACAAGGAGCGAAGCAUUAUACGCCUUCCACAAACCAUUAAUGUUCAUGUUAUGAAAGGAAGUUUCCAAACAAGCAGCCUCCCAUGCAACCAGAAGCCCCCGCGAGAGACGUGGACCGACCAGUCACCUCACGGCUACUGGCAACGCCGACAGUGGCGCCACUUAAAGUGUCUUCUUCCCUCCCUGUCGCAAGACUUCGUCCACAAGUGUGUGCGAAACAAGACCUUCGUCAUGUUAGGGGAUUCGAACGCCCGAGCAAUUUUUAACAAAGUCGCGCAGCUGUCGGGGUGCCCGAAGCGAGUGGUUAAUCCGACCAACUCGACAUUCACCAUGCAGCUGCCGCAAGCGUGCCAUAACGCCGAGCUCAACUUCAGCCAAGAGUGGCACCCCCACGCUUACCCAUUCGUGAACGUACAGAACUGGGCGCUCCGAAGGUACCGAAUCUCUCCUGCCGAGUACAUGGCGAAAAUCCCGGCAACGGGUGACUUCGUCCUCCUCGUCCACUUGUACAUGCAUUUUCUCUGGUCUGACUCGCGCAUCUACGCGAUGCACGUGCGUGACGUGGCACGUGGAGUGCGAGAGCUGCUGGCGAGGAAGCCCAGGACAAAAGUUGUAAUAAGGGGACCGCACCCGUGGAAUUGCCUGGACGGAGACUUUCACGGGUUACGCAGCUUUUACAUCCUUAGAAAGGAAUUCCAAGGGCUGAAAGAUCAAGUCUUCUUCUUGAACGCGUGGGACAUGAACGUGGCCAAUGAAAAUCUCAACACACACCCGGACAAUUACGUCCUUGAUGCCAUGACAAACAUCUUUCUCGGCUUAAUCUGUUCGUGACCUGGCCAUCGGUUAAUGUGUAGAUAAAAACAGUGACAAAUAGGUCUCUUGGCCUCUAAAUUUGUUUCUCAUUACCUAAAUUCUUCGGAUUCGAAACUAAAGAGAGGUAUAAGAGGGUAAAAGCAGAAAUAUUGACAAAGCAAAUAAGUAAUCCAAAACUGUUUUGGAAAAAUAAAAUCUGUCCGGAUCUAAGUGAAAGACGCCUACAGGAUGAAAAUAUUACAAAAGAUGAAUUGAUCAAUCCCUUUAAAGACGUUUUCCAGGAUGAUAACCAUCAUAUACCUGAGUCUAUUGUAUAAAUCUGCCUGGAAUAGAGGAACUUGACGAGACAAUUAGAGAGAUUGAGGUACGUACCGCAAUACAAAACAUCAAGUCCAGUAAAACCUGUGGCACAGAUAACGGGCUAGUAGAAAUGUUGAAAUCAGCAGUUGACCUUUUAACAAAAUAUUUUAAUUCGACUUUUGCUAAAGGGGAAAUGUCAUAAACCGUUAAAUUUUGGCUCCGCCUGACGCUGAUGAACAUAGACCAUCUACCCAAAGAAGAAUAUUUGCUUUUGUACAGCCUAGAUGCUAUUGGGGAAAAGAACUGGGUUACAAACGUACGAGUAAUGUCGGGCACUAUGGGUUUCAAUCAUGUAUGGUUAGACCAGGGCGUGCUAGCGAUGAAACAAAGAAUAAUCGAUGUAGGUCAGCAAGAAGAGAUUUCUCACAUGAGGCACAGUGACCGUUUCUAUCUGUAUCGUGUUUAUAAAAAUGCCCUCACUCCAGAGUUAUACUCUGAACGUGUAAAUGUAAAAUGUUUUAGGGAUGCCUCGGUUAGUUUUCGAUUGGGAGUCAUUGACAUCAAUAUUCACAAGAACCGCUUUAUUUAUAAUCAGAACGCUCACACAUAAAUGACUCAUUUUCAUUUUGUGUAGGAGCCACUGAGGAUGAAACCCACCUUUUGUUUCACUGCCCUCAGUACAAUAAUAUUCGCCAUUGAAAUGUUCCUCCAAACAGCGAAAACAAAGUUUCUAUUGAAACCCUGAUUUGUAAAAAUGUACACAAUAUCAAGCAAUUAGCUUGGUUUCUAUUCAAGUGUUUCUGUUUAAGAAGGGAUAAAAUAACUACUGAGAUAUGAAACAUGUCACUAUGUAACACUUUUAGAAACCCCUAUGUAACGCGAA